AUGAAGCUGCUGCAAGAAACUGAUGAUGCAACAAGGAAGAGAAAGCUGAUGAAAUCUCAGGUGGAGAAACGUCGAAGGGAGAGAAUGAAUUGCAGUCUGGAGCGUCUGAGGACCAUGCUGCUGCAGGAGCCUCAGCAAGGAGGGAUGCAGCAGAAGGUGGAGAAAGCUGAGAUUCUGGAGCACACUGUUCUCUUCCUGCAAAAAAAUGCCAAAGAACGCAGGGAAAAGAUGGGAGGCCAGAAAUACUCCUUCCAGGAUGGGUUCUCCAGCUGCCUGCAGAGGGCGUCGCAGUUCCUGGGGCCUGAAGGGAAAGGCCUCUGGCUCGGACCGGUCCUGGACGCCACCUUCUCUGCCCGCUUCCCACGCUCACACAGCCACUCCGCAGAUGCCCUCAUCAGAACCUCCACCUCCAUGACCCACACCAAGUCCCUGCUCCACAUGCUGAGGCUGAGGUCCAGGUCCAGUCAGCAGACGCAGGCCUCAGAGGCGAGCACCUCGGCUUGGCCGCGCAGAUUCUCAGCCCAGCAGAGCUUCCCCACAAUUCCCCAGCAGCCUCCGCAGGAAAGCGGGCUGGAGAUGGGGGCGGAGAGGCCGGGGAGCAAAGAGAGCUCGUCCCAGAGCGGGACCCUCAGCCAGACUUUGUGGAGACCUUGGCCCUGAUCAUCAGAACCCUCAGAACUCUCAAUAACCAUCCACUCUCCAUUAAAACUGCUUCUGUUUUCAUGUUGCUCUCAAAAGAAUAUACUAACUCUCGUCUCUCUCUAAGCUCACACCUGAAAUCCUGUAAAUAAUGUAAAAGAAACUUCAUGUUUUGUAGUAGUUGUGCUGUAGUAUUUUUUGAUAAGAUUGACUCCCUCCAGUAGCUCAGCCAGUGUGGCGGCCAUGUAGGGAUUUUCGUGGACCAGGACCGGAUCUGGAUCCUCUGGGUCGGCCGCCUGGCACCGCUGCUGUGCUGAAGAGCGACCGGAUAGGUGAGUAUCCCUGACAUCCGUCCUCCCUGUGCCUUUAACUAUCAGACCUGUGUGAUUAGAGUCAGUGAUACUAGUGUGAAUAAUGAUCGAGUCUCCGUCCGUCACAUUUCCAGGUGUGGAACCUGGAGGUUUGAGUUUGGGAGAGAGCCCCUCAGUUUUUCCAACUAAGUGCCGUCAUAUCUGCCGGCAUGAGCGACAUCUGUAGCUCUGAGUACAA